AUGGCAUCAGUGCACGAAUUUUUAAGAUCUGGUCGAAAACUAUCCAGCGAUUUGCAAAAUGUCCUUGAUAAUUUGCCAGAUAAUAUGCUAUUUCCUAAACCAGAGCCAUUACCCGAUUUUUCAGCCAUUGAAAAAAGAGCAAACAAUUACGAAGUCAAUAUUGUAGAAGAUUACUUUGUUCCGAUUCCUCAAGUUGACCCAAGUGAAAGGUUCGGCAAUAACAUUGCUUCAUUCCAAGAACAUCACGAAAUAGAUGAAAUUGAUUAUAGCAAAAUUACAUUUGAUUCAGAUAGCGAUACAGAAGAAAAACCAAAAGAAAGAAAUUUUGUUUUGAAAUCAGAUUACAUCAAAUCUUCAACUAAAUUUGAUUUAGACUUAUGGAAUCGAUAUAAAAGCGAGUAUGAACGAUCAAAGAAAGCUCCUUCUAUUAGUAGAACUAUGUCUACUAAAGUAGAAGUCACAGAUCAAGAUAGAAAACGAGAUGAAGAUUUACUUGAUGCUAUUGAACGUGAAGCCCAUAGUUUACAAUCCAUGACUCCAAAAUUCAGAGUUAUAGACGAAGCUUUCUUCACCAAGCAUUAA